AUUUUAUAUAUCCCAAUACUUUUCAGACAUCAGUUGGAUCUUUUGGCACAAAUGUGCCAAGACCAGCAGUAUCUUGCAAUCGAUCCGCCUCCAGAAAGGCAGCUUUUGAACAUCAGUUCAGAAUUACCCGCUAAUCUGGUUUUGAAGUGUAUGUCGGAUUCACGAUUGCCACAUGAUUUGCGAGCAUCGUUUACACGUCUUAUGCUUCAUUUGCAUGUCGUACGUGGCUCACCACUCAAUGCCAUUCGACAUGCUCGACUGUGGCGCGAAAUCCCCGACAAAGUUACAAUUUCCGGAAAUCCAAGUCGAUCGGUGGAAGGCUAUGUUGAUGGUGGUCGAAUUCGUACUGGAGGAGAAUUUUUUGUUAAAGUAUUGAAAACUGUGGAUGUGUAUCUCGAGGACCUACGCAAAUCCACGCGGGAGGGUGAGGCCGUUUUGAGUGCAAGUGCAGCGAAGCUUGAUGAAAAUCGUUUAACUUUUGAGGUAGUGACACUGGCACGAGCUUUGGCUCAUUUUGGCUUCUACAGUUUUGCAGACUUAUUGCGACUUGCUCACAAUUUACUAGCUAUUGCAGACAGCAGCCCGAAGAAGCAUUCAGGUAUUUCAUGUCUAAUUUGCUUUAUCGGGAUUUUUACUGUUGUCACAGUCUUAUAUCCUGAUGCAAACCAAAUCCGCAGAACCAAACAUGCUCUUGUUUUUGACUCUAAAUCAGCAUAUGAUAAGACGUCUUCAUUGUUUCGCCAAGUAACAUACUCAGUAAUUGGUGUGAAUGCAAUGCAAAAAGCAGCAAAACAGCAUUCUUCACAUUUGCAGUCGGAGACCCAGUCUGCUGAAGACACUGCUCGAGCCAAAGAAAGCCAACAAGUGAUUCUCGAAACGAAGCUUAUCAUCGUUGAAAUUUUAAAUUUUAUCAUGGAUGUGCGUCGAGACUACCGUAUAACAGUGGCAUUAUCAUGGUUCAAACGACAGUUCCCUUGCGACGAUAUUGGAGAGCUUUAUUCGGAAGCAGACUUGUCAGAACAAGAUGCGUCACGGUUAUGUGAGGAGGUUUUCCAAGAAUGUGAAGAAGAGCUUGAUUUUGAUGGCGAUCGAGGCCAGCUAUUGCUCCGAAUCCUCCUUCAAAUGACGAUGAGCGACUUUUCCAAACUCACUAGUACCGCUCUUACAGUUCUCUUCCGCCAUUUCACACAGUAUCAGGAAUUCGUCGAAGAUCUGAAACAGGUACAGUUGCUGGUUUCGAACGAUGACGUAGAAAAUUACCGGCAGGUGGAUCGUGACUUGUUUAUUCUUAAGAUACUUACGGAGAAGAGUGAACUUUGGAUACAAGCUGACAAGGCACGCUCGGAAAGUAGUAGCAGUCACAGUUUUGAAGAACACAGCUCGAGUGUGGAUGACUCGCCUAGACCGCUGCUCUCAGUGCGUUCAACAAGUCAACAGCUGGAAGAAAUCGGACUGAAUGCUCCACGUGCUUUUCAUAACGACGAGAGUUUCCGAGCACUUGUUGAGAAAAUAGAUCAGCAUUACUCUCCGGCGCGAGAAGAAUGUAUCAAGCUAUUGUAUGAGCUUUUGCUUGGCGAUGACAGGGCACUGGCUGCUUCAGCGCUAUACGAGCUUUCCGACCGUACACCACUUAUUGGCUACCCUCUUGUGAGGCAGGUUUGUUCGCAGACCCAAACUAUACUUUGA